AUGGUUUUUCUGCAAGGUAUAUUUGUGGGUGCCAAUAAGGAGUUGAACUCCACCAGCUAUAGUACCGAAACGGGACUGCUGGUAUAUGGUGCAGGGAGAACGCUGGCAGUAUGGAACCCAACUGAUGCAAGCAAUAGGAUACUUGGAACUUUGAAGGGUCACACGGCCGAAGUUACCUGUGUGAGAUGGUUGAACUCAAAGACACUUCUUUCAGGAUCUGAAGAUCAUACCGUUAAGGUGUGGAGCUACAACCCAGACGAGGAAGCUGACGAUAUAAUCCAGCGAUUCAAGCUGACGAAAGAACUCAACCAGCAUACAGGCUCAUUAAUCACCCUUGAGACUUUGCCAGGUAUCUUUGCAACCGGAGCUGCUGACGGUCAGAUCUGUUUGUUCAGUGGUCUGGAAUUGGCUGGAAAGUUCACAGUUAACGCAAACUUCUAUCCUCUGGCGUUGAGUCUGCUCAAACUCAAUGAUGGCUACAUCUUGUUCGUUGGAGGAACUAACAAAAAGCUCUAUGUCUACUCGUUUGGAUUGGAAAACGAUGAAAUAAUCAAUCUAGAACAAAAAUAUGCUCUUGAAGGUCAUGAGGACUGGAUCAAGACGAUUACGGUCAAACAGGAAUCUGAAGGAGAGUAUCUCAUAGCAACAGGUUCCCAGGACCGUCACAUACGACUCUGGAAAUUGAACUUGGAUGACAAGAUUGACGAUUCCGACAAGGACACCACCAAACUCAGACUUCUAUCUAACAAGCAGUACAAGUUCGAGGUUGGCUCAACAAGAUGUUCCAUUUCGUUUGAUACCAUUCUAAUGGGCCAUGAAGAUUGGAUAUCAACGUUGGUGUGGCAUCCCACUCAGCUGACUCUUCUGUCGUCUUCUGCAGACACCUCGGUUAUAAUAUGGGAGCCUGAUACCAUAAGUGGAGUGUGGGUGGCUCGUACAAGACUUGGAGAGCUGAGUAUCAAAGGUGCUUCUACCGCCACAGGUGCCUCAGGAGGCUUUUGGUCUGCACAAUGGAUCUUUGGAGCCGGAUCGCAGUUCAUUCUCACACAUGGAAAGACAGGAUCGUGGAGACUCUGGAAGAGCAGCGAAUCGACCGAUUCUUUCGAACAAUUGGCUGCUGUUACUGGCGCUACUCGCGCCGUCACAGACCUGAGUUGGUCGCAAAAUGGAGAGUAUCUCCUCACAACUUCCUUGGACCAGACAACUCGUCUCUUUGCCCAGUCAACCACGGGAAAACAGUGGCACGAGUUUGCAAGACCGCAGAUUCACGGAUACGAUAUGGUCAGUGUUGCAUCUAUGCACGGUGCCAAAUUCGUUUCUGCUGGAGACGAGAAAAUUAUCAGAGUUUUUGAGGAGCCCAAGUCGGUGGCCCUGAUGCUAGAGAGACUCUGUGAUGUUCACGAGUCCAAUGUGGAGGUGAUGCCACAAAGUGCAUCUUUGCCUGUGCUUGGACUUUCAAAUAAGGCUGAAACAGACGAGAGCCAAAUGGAGACAAAUGGCGACGACGACGAAGAAAACGGUCCAGCAGAUGAAAAUGGUCAAUCCUUCGAUAUUCUGAACGAAGUUACGGCUGUUCCCUUGGAGGACCAUUUGCAAAGACAUACUCUCUGGCCUGAGGUGGAAAAGCUUUAUGGUCAUGGAUACGAGAUCACAACUUUGGCUGUUUCUCCAGACCAAAAACUGGUCGCCAGUGCUUGUAGGUCCAAUUCGGUUGCACAUUCCGUGAUUAGAAUUUUUCAGACUUCAAAUUGGCAACCUUUGGCUCCUCUCAAUGCGGGUCACGAGCUCACGAUAACUCGAUUGAAGUUUUCGCCAGACAGCAAAUAUUUGCUUUCUGUUUCGAGAGAUAGACAACUCUCUGUAUGGGUAAGAGAAGAGGGUCUGGAGUUCAGAUUGCUCAAACUUCAAAAGAAAGCCCAUACGAGGAUUUUGUGGGAUUGUGCUUGGCUCCCACAAACGGUAACCAAGACCAAGUUCUUCACGGCUAGCAGGGACAAAACCGUCAAAUUGUGGAAAAUAAUAGACUCUGAUCUCGAAAUAGUUUCCUCGGUGAAACUGGCCGAUUCAGUCACCGCAAUUGCUGUUUUGGACAGAGACGAUGAUGGUAAGGUGAUUCUGGCAGCUGGUCUUGAUAAUGGGUCAAUCUCCAUUUUCAGAGUAGACCCCGAAACUGGAGACUUUUCUUUACAAGAAGAGCUCAUUAACAGUAUCACUCCGGCUCUACGGGUUUCGCGUUUGUCAUUCCGUCCAUCUAUUAACGGAACAUUAAUUGAACUGGCUGCUGCCUCGGAUGACACCACCACGCGAAUCUACUCUGUGGAGACUAAUUAA